GCUGUCGGUCUUCUCAUCGACGCCUCUCCGGCGGUCUCUCCGACUCCGGAGGUCGACGGGGUGUCUCGGCUCCAAGAGGGGGCGCCGUCCACGGACUGUCCGUCCUGCUCUCUGUCUCAGAUGAGGAGGAACACGUCUUCGUCGGGAGGACAGAGCGACAUGGUGGAGGCGGUGAAGCGUCACAUUCUCAACAUGCUGCACCUGAGCGCUCGGCCCAACCUGACGCACCCGGUCCCUCGAGCCGCGCUGCUCAACGCCAUCAAGAAGCUGCAUGUUGGCCGCGUGGCCGAAGAUGGCAGCAUAGAAAUCCAGGAAGAGGGCCGGGGCCCCGGGGCCCGAACACCACCUGAGCCCCCGUCUGAGAUCAUCACCUUCGCAGAGCCAGGAGCCUCUGUGAACAUGGUGACCUUUGACAUUUCGAAGGAGGAUGAUGGCCCCUCGGUGGUGGAACAGGCGAACGUCUGGAUCUUUCUGAAGGUGUCGAAGGGAAUCCGAGUGAAAGGCAAAGUGAUGAUGCAGCUGCUGCAGCUUCGUCCUGAGGGCGAGGAGGAGGAUGAUUGUGUUUCAGAGAAGAUGGUGGACACUCGUCGCAGCGGCUGGCACACCUUCGCCGUCUCUCGCAGCGUUCAGACUCUGCUGGACAGCGGCGGGGGCAGCUCGCUCAGCCUGCGGAUUUCCUGCCCGCUGUGCGCCGAGGCUGGAGUCACACCCGUCCUGGUGCCUGCUGACGGCGAGCGAGCGAGAGAACAGUCACACCGACCGUUCCUCAUGGUGGUGCUUCGAGCUCUGGAGGAGGUAACUCAACGACGAGUUAAACGAGGUCUGGAGUGCGAUGGGAAAAUACGCGUCUGCUGCAAACGACAGUUUUACGUGAACUUCAAAGACAUCGGCUGGAACGACUGGAUUAUAGCGCCGUCUGGUUACCAUGCCAACUACUGCGAGGGCGACUGUCUGAACCACAUGGCGAGCAUCAGCGGCUCGUCCCUCUCCUUCCAUUCAACGGUCAUCAAUCAUUAUCGAAUGAGGGGCUACGGCCCCUUUCAAAACAUCAAGUCGUGCUGCGUGCCGACGAGGCUGCGCGCAAUGUCGAUGCUGUACUACAACGAAGAGCAGAAGAUCAUCAAGAAAGACAUAGAGAACAUGAUUGUGGAGGAGUGCGGCUGCUCGUAA